CCGGGCGGCGGCCGCGCCGCGACGAUGGAGCUGCCGAUGGACGAGGCGGGCGGCGCCGUCGUGUACCAGGACGACUACUGCGCGGGCUCCGUGAUGUCGGAGCGCGUGUCGGGCCUGGCGGGCUCCAUCUACCGCGAGUUCGAGCGCCUCAUCCGCUGCUACGACGAGGAGGUGGUGAAGGAGCUGAUGCCGCUCGUGGUGACGGUGCUGGAGAACCUGGACGCCGUGCUCAGCGAGAACCAGGAGCACGAGGUGGAGCUGGAGCUGCUGCGCGAGGACAACGAGCAGCUGCUCACCCAGUACGAGCGCGAGAAGGCGCUGCGCAAGCAGGCCGAGGAGAAGUUCAUCGAGUUCGAAGAUGCCUUGGAGCAAGAGAAGAAGGAGCUGCAGGCACAGGUGGAGCGCUACGAGCUGCAGACGCGCCAGCUGGAGCUGAAGGCCAAGAGCUACGCCGACCAGCUCUCCCGGCUGGAGGAGCGCGAGGCGGAGAUGAAGAAGGAGUACAACGCCCUGCACCAGCGGCACACGGAGAUGAUCCAGACCUACGUGGAGCACAUCGAGAGGGCCAAGCUGCAGCAGGCCGGGGGCAGCAGCCAACCCGAGGGCAGCCUGCAGGGGAGGAGCCGGAAGGAGCGCCCCACCUCGCUGAACGUCUUCCCCCUGGCCGAUGGCAUGGUACGUGCACAGACGGGGCCUGCUUGCGCCGGCCAGACCACGCACCCGAGCCGCCUUGGCCAGCCACAAGCGUCCUCCUGCUACGAGCCACCUGUGCUUGGGUCACAGGGUCUGCAGGACGAGAUGUCUGAGUCGGGCCAGUCCUCGGCCGCGGCCACGCCCAGCACCGCCGGCACCAAGUCCAACACGCCCACGUCCUCCGUGCCCUCGGCGGCAGCCACCCCCCUCAACGAGAGCCUGCAGCCGCUGGGGGGCUUCAGCGGGGGCCCCAACAACGGCCGGCGGGCCCGGGAGAAGCGCAACAGCCGCAACAUGGAGGUGCAGGUGGCGCAGGAGAUGCGUCACGUCAGUAUAGGCAUGGGCAGCAGUGAUGAGUGGUCGGACGUGCAGGACAUCAUCGACUCCACCCCAGAGCUGGACACGGGCCGGGAGCCCCGCCUGGACCGCACGGGCAGCAGCCCGACCCAGGGCAUCGUGAACAAGGCCUUCGGCAUCAACACUGACUCCCUGUACCACGAGCUGUCCACUGCAGGCUCCGAGGUCAUCGGGGACGUGGACGAGGGGGCCGACCUGCUAGGGGAGUUCUCAGUGCGUGAUGACUUUUUUGGAAUGGGUAAGGAAGUGGGCAACCUCCUGCUGGAGAACUCCCAGCUUCUGGAGACCAAAAAUGCACUGAACGUGGUGAAAAACGACCUCAUCGCCAAGGUGGACCAGCUGUCCGGGGAGCAGGAGGCGCUGCGAGGGGACUUGGAGGCGGCCCGGCAGGCCAAGGCCAGGCUGGAGGGCCGCAUCAGGGAGCUGGAGGAGGAGCUGCGGCGAGUGAAGUCGGAGGCCCUCAUCGCCCGCAGAGAGCCCAAGGAGGAGCUGGAGGACACAGGCGGCCCCCUCUGCACCGAGCUAGACAAGAUCCCCAUGGCUCAGCGGCGGCGCUUCACGCGGGUGGAGAUGGCCCGGGUGCUCAUGGAGCGCAACCAGUACAAGGAGCGGCUGAUGGAGCUGCAGGAAGCCGUGAGAUGGACGGAGAUGAUCCGAGCAUCCCGAGAGCACCCGUCUGUCCAGGAGAAGAAGAAGUCCACCAUCUGGCAGUUCUUCAGUCGCCUCUUCAGCUCCUCCUCCAGCCCCCCUCCAGCCAAGCGGCCCUACCCCCCGGUGAACAUCCACUACAAGUCGCCCACCACCGCCGGCUUCAGCCAGCGCCGCGGCCACGCCCUGUGCCCAAGAGCCGGCGGCCGGCCGCUGGAGUUCUUCCCCGACGACGACUGCACGUCCUCGGCCCGGCGGGAGCAGAAGCGCGAGCAGUACCGGCAGGUGCGGGAGCACGUGCGCAACGACGACGGCCGGCUGCAGGCCUGCGGCUGGAGCCUGCCCGCCAAGUACAAGCAGCUGAGCCCCAACGGGGGCCAGGAGGACACGAGGAUGAAGAACGUGCCCGUCCCCGUGUACUGCCGCCCGCUGGUGGAGAAGGACCCGACCAUGAAGCUGUGGUGCGCCGCGGGCGUGAACCUGAGCGGGUGGAAGCCCAGUGAGGACGACCCUGGGAGUGCGGUGAAACCUGCACCGGGCCGGGACCCUCUGACCUGUGACCCCGAAGUGGAAGGAGAGCCCCGGAGCAACCACACGUCCCCCGAAAAGAAGAAGGCAAAGGAGCUGCCGGAAACGGAUGCUACGUCUAGCCGGGUGUGGAUCCUCACGAGCACGCUGACCACCAGCAAAGUGGUGAUCGUGGAUGCCAACCAGCCGGGCACCAUCGUGGACCAGUUCACAGUCUGCAACGCCCAUGUGCUGUGCGUCUCCAGCAUCCCCGCGGCCAGCAGCAGUGACUACCCUCCGGGGGAGAUCUUCCUGGACAGUGACAUGAAUCCCGAGGACUCGAGCGCCGAUGGCGUGCUGGCUGGCAUCACCCUGGUGGGCUGUGCCACCCGCUGCAACGUGCCACGCAGCAACUGCUCCUCCCGAGGGGACACCCCGGUGCUGGACAAGGGCCAGGGGGAGGUGGCUGCUGUCGCUGAUGGGAAGGUCAACCCAUCACAGUCCACGGAGGAGGCCACUGAGGCCACCGAGGUGCCGGACUCAGGGCAGAGCGAGGCAGGACCAGCUGCCGUGCGGCCAGGGCCUCUGACGGAGCACGUCUUCACUGACCCAGCCCCGACCCCGGCCCCCAGCGCCCAGCCUGGCAGUGAGAGCGGGCCGGAGGCCGAAGCCAGCGGGGCACAGCCCGAUGUGGAGCCCAGCGCAGACCCCGCAGGGGCAGGCAGCAGCGCAGCGCCCACCAUGUGGCUGGGGGCCCAGAAUGGCUGGCUGUACGUGCACUCGGCCGUGGCCAACUGGAAGACGUGCCUGCACGCCAUCAAGCUCAAGGACUCCGUGCUUAGCCUGGUGCAUGUGAAGGGGCGGGUGCUGGUGGCCCUGGCGGACGGGACUCUAGCCAUCUUCCACCGGGGCGAAGACGGCCAGUGGGACCUGAGCAACUACCACCUGAUGGACCUGGGCCACCCGCACCACUCCAUCCGCUGCAUGGCCGUGGUGGACGACCGCGUGUGGUGCGGCUACAAGAACAAGGUGCACGUGAUCCAGCCCAAGACCAUGCAGAUUGAGAAGUCAUUUGAUGCCCACCCCCGGCGGGAGAGCCAGGUGCGCCAGCUGGCAUGGAUCGGCGACGGGGUGUGGGUGUCCAUCCGCCUGGACUCCACGCUGCGUCUCUACCACGCCCACACCCACCAGCACCUGCAGGACGUGGACAUCGAGCCCUACGUCAGCAAGAUGCUGGGCACCGGCAAGCUGGGCUUCUCCUUCGUGCGCAUCACGGCCCUGCUCAUCGCGGGCAACCGCCUCUGGGUGGGCACCGGCAACGGAGUCGUCAUCUCCAUCCCGCUGACCGAGACCGUGGUCCUGCACCGAGGCCAGCUGCUGGGGCUCCGCGCCAACAAGACGUCGCCCACGGCCGGGGAGGGCGCGCGCCCCGGGGGCGUCAUCCACGUGUACGGCGACGACAGCAGCGACAGGGCGGCCAGCAGCUUCAUCCCCUACUGCUCCAUGGCCCAGGCCCAGCUCUGCUUCCACGGGCACCGCGACGCCGUCAAGUUCUUCGUCUCGGUGCCGGGAAACGUGCUGGCCACGCUCAACGGCAGCGUGCUGGACAGCCCGUCCGAGGGCCCCGCGCCGGCCGGCCCCGCGGCGGACGCCGACGCGCAGCGGCUCCGGAGCGCGCUGGUGCUGAGCGGCGGCGAGGGCUACAUCGACUUCCGCAUCGGCGACGGCGAGGACGACGAGGCGGACGAGAGCGCGGGGGACGCGAGCGGCCCGGGGAAGCCCGCGCUGUCCAAGGCGGAGCGCAGCCACGUCAUCGUGUGGCAGGUGUCCUACAGCCCCGAGUGA